GAUCGUACAGUAAGCUGUCAAAAGCUUGUUGCUUAAAUCUGUGCAGUGCUAUAGUAAAGUAAUAACGAAACGAGAUCGAAGUAACAAGCUAUAUAUCUGCAAACAGAGCAAGAGUUAAACUGUUGGUGAGCAGACAUUUCGGGAGCACUUGACAUCGUGUUUUCGUUAGUUCGUCGUCUGUCCUAGCUGAUGCGUGAUAGCUGUUUCCUCUGGGAAGCGGUUCAUCCGUGAUGAUGAUGAGAUCACUAACAAAGUGCCUUUGAGAAGAUAUCCCUGACCUGAAGGUGGUUGUGUACAUUGCCGACCUAUGCUUUCUUUAAGGCAAGACACGCAGGAUACCUCAGCAGCAAGCACUUUGCCUCCUCUUUGCACGACUUCAGCACCUAAAAUAGAGCCAUAAUAUAUAAGAAUAGAAUAUAAUGACAUGAGAAUGUAUGAGGUCUGCAUUAAUAUUCCCUCACUUGUCUGAUAUUUCUGUGCACCAUCAUCUGUGGAAUAUACACUCAAACGUGUCUCAGUAAAAAAACAACACAGUGGUUUCCUUUUGAUGGGUGAUUCCUCAGAGAUUGAACAAACAUCUCAUCGUUCUGCUCCAGCUGAUGGAAGGUGGUUUUAAAAGAGGACUUUGCACAAAGAGCCAACCCACAGUUGUUGUUGUUGUAUGAGACACAACUAAAUCGACCGAUUGCCUUUUUAAAAACUAAAAACUUUAUGAUUAUAACCUUUGGACAUGGCGUUAAACCUUUCUUCAGUCAGAGACACAAAAUGGUUAACUCUGGAAGUCUGUCGGCAGUUCCAGAGAGGAAACUGUUCACGUAGUGAUGAGGAAUGCAAAUUUGCUCAUCCACCGAAGAGCUGCCAAGUUGACAAUGGGAGAGUUGUUGCCUGCUUUGACUCACUGAAGGGUCGAUGCUCAAGAGAAAACUGCAAGUAUCUCCAUCCACCUUGCCACUUAAAAACCCAGUUAGAGAUUAAUGGGCGCAACAACCUCAUCCAGCAGAAGACAGCAGCCGCCGUGCUCGCCCAACAGAUGCAGCUCAUGAUCCCAGGGCCCAGCCUGCAGUCUAUGCCAACAUUUCAAUUCACACAGGGACUGGGCAACAACGCUGGUCUUGGUUACGGUUCAUACAUGACACCGCUGAGCCAUGGAAUGAGCCUCAUCUCCACAGACAACCUCUCCAACAACCAGGUCCUCGUUUCUGGAAGCCCACCUGUCACGGUCCAGAGCUCCUCUUCCUCUUCAUCUUCUUCUUCUCCCUCACAGAAGCUGCAGCGUACAGACAAACUUGAGGUGUGUCGCGAGUUUCAGCGGGGAAACUGUGCGAGAGGGGAGACAGAUUGCCGCUUCGCUCACCCCAGUGACAGCCCCAUGAUUGACACCACAGAUAACACUGUAACUGUUUGCAUGGACUACAUUAAGAGCCGCUGCUCCAGGGAGAAGUGCAAGUAUUUUCACCCGCCUGCACACUUACAGGCAAAAAUCAAAUCCGGUCAACAGCAAGUCAAUCACACCGCCGUGGCAGCCCAGGCCGCCGCCGCAGCCAUGACUCAGUCGACUGCCAAAGCAAUGAAGCGAUCCCUCGAGGCAACUGUAGACCUGGGCUUUCCCUACAGCGUCCCCCUACCAAAGAGACAAGCUUUUGAGAAGAACAGCUGGGCCAGCUCUCUCCUCAGUCCCAGUUUUUUGCACUACCAACAAGCUCUGGCCAACUCCCAGCUGCAGCAGCAGGCGGCUGCAUACUACCCCACAGGUUCUGUCUUCUGCAUGGCUCCCGGUAACAACAUGGAUCAUCCUCAAGUAACCGCCAGAAACAGAAGUCAGUGCCGUGUUGCUGCUGAUAAAGACGCCAAACAACUGCUCUGUAAAUAUUCUGUUCACACCACACACAACGUACAACAAGCUGCAUGCAGAUAACAUCGCUGAGGAGAAGGUUGUGGUUUGAUCUCUCACAAUACAUUACAUUAGUAGGAUUAUACAAUGUUAGAUAAGUGUCACAGAAGAUUAUUGUAUGCACGCACCUUUGCACCUGCAUUAACAUGCAUCCUCACUAAUUUGCAUAAUAUCCUGGUUUCUAUUUCCUAAAGCAAUUCUGACAAGGUCAUGGGUGCAUUUAGCCUCUAAAUCAGCUCUAAUGCAAUGUGUCUCCAGUUCACAUAUAUGAUGCUCAUGAAUAGAAAUGUCAUUUUCGAAACCAAUCUGACCAGGAAACACGUAGAACUCAAACAGAAACAGGUUGUGCAGCAACACCUAAACAUGAACUGAUAUGAACACAUAGGAACGUUAUUCACUGAAAUGUAUGUAAAUAAUACAAGAGACAAGCAUGACAGAUGUAAUCUGAAAACAAUACAUGUUAAGACCAGGUGUAAAGGGGUCCUUUUAUUGGUGAUUGUCAAAUUGUAUCCUCAUAAUAUUGAGAAACAAUUUAUUUUUCCUUUCUUGAAUGUGUUAUGUUAGCUAAAAGGUUUUUCACAUUAAUGAUUGUUUAUCUAGUGCCAGCUUUAAAUAUGUCAAACAAACUAGAAAAAGCACUUAUUUUAACUUUUAACUCCACAUUGUAAAGUUUCCUUUUUAAAUGUUCUGAGGUUAUUCCAGCUAAUACCUUACCCCCCCAUCCCAGAACAGGAACAGUGCUCCACCUCCUGGUGUGCCUUUGCAUUGCAAAUACAGUACGUUUGCUGAGAGAAAAAACAGUAUAAUCUAUUUAUCGCAAAUACUUUAUUGCAUUCAAGCAAAAAUGAUUCAAACAUUUACAUUUCCCCACUUUAUUAUUAAAAAUAACUUUUGGAAUGAUCAGUAACGGUGAUGGUUGAUGCACCGGUUUUACCUUGCAGCCAGUUUCACAAAGAUAGACUUUGACUAGGCUUAGGUCAAAAUAAUAUUCAGAUUUCAGAUCCAAAUGAUUAUGUAGGACUAGUGGUAAAAUAACAACAAUCAGAUCAACAGAAAAUGAUUGGAUUGAACAAUUACAGGGAUAUUUUACUGGGAAAAAUGUUCCCCUCUAUUUAAGUGUGGUGCCACUGGUCAGCAGGAAGCAGGCGUCACUGAUUGUUACCAUGGAAACAAUGGUCAGCAUGUGUUGCUGAUUGUUACCAUGGAAACACUGGUUAGCAGGUGUCACCGAUUACUACCAUAGAAUUACUUUAAUUCUAGCCUGGUGGUAGUGUGGUUAACUUUUCAGGCUUUAAAAUAAGCCUGUGUUGUUUUUGUGUAGUCUAAUUAAAUUUUGACUGGCCUAAAAUUCAAGACCAGUCCGAAAUGUCUUUGUGAAACUGGCUCCGGCUGAACAUAAAGCAAACCGUUUUUUUAAGAAGAGGCUCCUCAGCCAUCAAAGUCAACUGGCUAAAAGGGUGUAAUAAUUACUGCAGCUCACAUUCAAACUAAAGCUCCUGUAAUCCUGUAAGGGACAAGUAGAGUAAUGUGUAAAAUGUUAGUCUUAAUGUUACAGUCGGUUGUCAGUACUGUAUUAUUUGAAUGUUACAAGUGCCUGAAGAAUUGUGCAGGUGAGGAUAUCCGUGCAUAUUUAAAAGGCUUUGUGUGAAAAAAAUCACUUGAUUUAUUCUACUCUAGUUAAGUCACAUUUAGAAAGAAAUGUUCAGUGCACAACCCUGUGACCUAAACAUUGACAUUUUUAGGAGACAGGUUGCAGUGCAUUAGUAUUUCAAAUAAUAGUUUAAGUAAUUCUUUCAAUUAACUUUCACUGAUGCUCAAAUGUGUAUGUGUGUUCCAUGUAUAAGAGUUUAUAUCCUGCUUAAGUUCAUUUUUUUCACUUUUAAGAUGAUAAGUAUAUGACAAUGUUUCCUAUUUAGUUUCAUGCAGUAAAAUACUUUAUGUAGUAAAGUAGAAUUUACGGAGUUAGAAGUGUGUUGAGUUCAGUUGUGUAUGGUUGGUACCACAUUAUGCAAUUACCCAUCUUUGUUUGACACUGACAGCAGACAGAGUGGGGAUUGUGUCUGGUUAACUGAAAAACUAAACGGAUGUUAAAAAAAACAUUUUCACUCAAAUAUGUUACGUUCUCUUAAACAUCUUUAAUAUCCAUUUUAGUUUGCAGGUUUGGAAACAGCUUGUGCAACAUCAACUUUUCCUUAAAUGUUUCCGAUGUCUUUGUAAGUGACUGAUGAGUUUUUUUAUGAAAAAGGAUGUAUACACCCAUAUGUGAUUAACUCAGACAAUCCACCAAGAGAUGUUUCAUUUGUUCACAAUGUUUUCAUUCAUUGCAAAAGGUUUUACACAUUAUUGGUUGAUAUAUAAGAAGCAUACUUGCAUAUUUUACUAGUUUAAUAUUAGGAAAGAACACUUUAAAAUGUAUUCUCUUCUAUUUUAUGACGAAUGUAAUUUAUUAAACUGAAUUUAGCUCUGCUGGAGGUUCCUUUAAAGGGCCUCGCUCUGUAUUAGCCUAUGAUAAGCCGUCUUGUGUCCAGGGAUCAAAUGUGGGAGCAAAGAGAAGCUUAAAACAUUUCAUCCCUGUCACUGCCUUGUCACCUGUGAGGGACAACCUUUGUAUGAGCAAGGCCAUAGAAUUGCUUUUUAUGUACAAAAGUGCAUUGUACAGGCCACAUUUUAUGGAAAGUAACUUUCAUAAUAGGGUAACAAUAGUUUGUCAUUUAAUUGUUUUGAUGUGUUGCUGAGGCAAUCUGAAGUUGCAGUGAUUUAAAAACUGUUUUUUUUGUAGGGGACAACAUUGUCUUUUCCCCUCACAAUAACAUGUUGGAUUGUACUGUCAGAUAUUUGAUUUUAUUAUGCCAUUGUGAAACACUGUAAGUGAUCCAGUGCAUGAGAAUAUAUUUUGAAAUGUGAUUUGUUGUGUUUUAUAUGGUUUCCACUGCAUGUCAACAUCUUGCAGCAAACGUAUAAUCCACCCUUAAGGAAUCUGCAGUCAGAAGGUCAGGAGCUGAUGGUUCAGCGACUGUUUGAACAUUUAUUUUCAAGAUAUAGUUGCUUUCAAAGUUUAGGUUGUUAUUAGAUAUAUGACAUUUUCCCCUUAUUUAUUUUACAUGCAAAUAAAAAGGCAUAUAACCGAAUGUUUGUUUCACCUUUUGGCAAAAAGCUUGAAUGUCAUGCACAUGGAGGUUGUCUUAGAUUUGGAUCAGCCAGUCAAAAAGAUGUUGACAGUAAGAAUGUUUAGUCUGACUGACUGAAGCACUUUCUCAACCGUCAAACUGAGAGGACAUGCUUUUUGUCAACUUUGCCUUAUCUUGAAUCUAUUCAUAAAUCUGUCUUGUUCAGUUGUGAAUUUCAUUUUAUCUAAUAAAUAAAGUAAAUUUCACUGAACUUUUCUUUGAAAUGAUUCCUACACAAGUUUUGAGUUUGAGGCCAAAAUGACAGUUUGUAAAAUCAAUCCAAACAUUAUCCUGACUAAAAUGCUUGUUGACUGAUAUCCCACAGUAAAAGAAUACUUGUACCAUUCGGUUAAAUCCUGGCCUGAAUAUAAACUGUCCCUCUUUUUUUUAUAACGUGUUAAAGUUAUUUUAUUUGUGCUUAAGUAAACAUUUCAUGUGGAUAGUUUUGUUCCUGUAAAUUCAAACUUGUGUUAAAUCUAAUAUUGCAAAUAAAUAAAUGUCAAGUUAA